AUGUUUGUGAGCUACGGCCAUAAGAAAACUUUAUCCAAAGUUUUCACGAAACUGCUCAAAGUUGAUGCCGGUUCCAUUGACAAAAUAUUCCCGAAUGACUGGAAAUCGAAAACAUGGAAAAAAUUCGGUAAUGAAAUUGCAAGAAUCGGGGAGGAUGGAGUCGCAAGUGAAGCCACAAUCACAGACGAAGAGAAUGCGUCCGUCCGCCCGGAAAAGGCAGCGAAACGCAAAUCCAAGAAGACUGGCCAGGGAAAGCCAGCAAAACGCAAAUCCAACACGACUGUGAUCACAGACGAGGGGAAUGCGUCCGUCCGCCCGGAAAAGGCAGCGAAAUGCAAAUCCAAGAAGACCGUCGCAAGCGAAGCCACAAUCACAGACGAGGAGAAUGCGUCCGUUCGCCCGGAAAAGGCAACGAAACGCAAAUCCAAGAAGACUGCCACAACCAAAGAGCAGGAUGGGUCAGACCUGGAAAAGCCAGCGAAACGCAAGCGUUUCCAAACUGAGCAUUUUCUUGAUAAAACAUUUAAAAUAUGUAUCGAAAGAUUAGAACCUGGUUUAUUCGGUGGUUCAUCAGGUGAUCCAUCCGGUGGUCCGUCCGUUGGUGAAAAGGGCGCCAAUGAUCAAUCGGCAAAGAAGGAUGCCGAAAGCGAUGGUGCAAGCGAAGGUGCAAGCAAUAGCUCUUCUUCUGAAAGUGAGGACGAGGAUGGUCCGUCCGUUAGUGAAAAGGGCGCCAAUGAUAAAUCGGAAAAGAAGGAUGCCGAAAACGAAGGAGAAUCGAAAGUUUGUGAAAAGGAUGAUUCCAAUAGCGGUCUGUCCGACAACUCUCAAGCCGAUAUUGUGCUAACUGCAGAAGGGACUGCUAAACCUUCCGUCGCCGGUGGUGGUUCGCCGAAAAAGCAUCAAACUGUCGAACGCAAAGGUGUGCGCAAGACGUCGGUCGAAAGAGGCAAAGCUUUGAAUGCCCAGAGCGGCGGUGCCAGUGAUAGCUCUUCUUCCGAAAGUGAGGACGAGGAUGGUCCGUCCGUCGGUGAAAAGGAUGCCGAAAGCGAUGGUACAAGCGUCGGUGCAAGCGAUAGCUCUCCUUCCGAAAGUGAGGGCGAGGAUGGUCCGUCCGUUAGUGAAAAGGGCGCCAAUGAUAAAUCGGAAAAGAAGGAUGCCGAAAACGAAGGAGAAUUGAAAGUUUGUGAAAAGGAUGAUUCCAAUAGCGGUCCGUCCGACAACUCUCAAGUCGAUAUUGUGCUAACUGCAGAAGAGACUGCCAAACCUUCCGUCGCCGGUGGUGGUUCGCCGAAAAAACAUCAAACUGUCGAACGCAAAGGUGUGCGCAAGACGUCGGUCGAAAGAGGCAAAGCUUUGAAUGCCCAGAGCGGCGGUGCCAGUGAUAGCUCUUCUUCCGAAAGUGAGGACGAGGAUGGUCCGUCCGUCGGUGAAAAGGGCGCCAAUGAUCAAUCGGCAAAGAAGGAUGCCGAAAGCGAUGGUGCAAGCGACGGUGCAAGCGAUAGCUCUCCUUCCGAAAAUGGUCCGUCCGUUGGUGAAGAGCAGCAAACUGGCAAACGCGAAGAUGUGCGCAAGACGAAGGUCGAAAAAAACAAAGGUUCCCAUACCAAAGCUGCUCAAAAGCAAUAUGGUUCGGCAAACAAAGGACCAAUGUUCAGAAUGCGAACCUUAAGAAGCAAGAAAGGUUAUUGA